CUUUUAGGCUGGAAGGUGAUAGAUAUAAUACAUCAAGAGGCAAACAUAUAUUUUCUCUUUUCUUAACAGAGCAUAUAAUAGCUUUGAAGAAUUAUUAGUUUAUUAUAUUCAAAGUUGAUGAUGGUGAUGACCCAACUUUAGUCUCAUCACCUUUUUUGUUUUUCUUACUCUCUUCUUCUGAUUCAUGCCGUUCUUUCGCUUUGAGACUUUGUGAUUCAUCUGCACUUGAUGAUCUGUUUCUGACAUAAUAUCUUGGAGACUUCUGGGAUCUGAGAAAAUCUAAAUCCAAGUUGGAGUCCUGUUGCUGAUUUGUCUUCUCAAAUGGGAAUGGGUUCUUCUUUGGAAAAGCUGUUCAACAAAGAGAGGACUGUACAUGAGAUUCUGGGAGGUGGCAUUGGUGAGUGAAUCCAUAUAUCAUUACCAAAUCCAUCAUAGAAGAUGUGAUGCUGUGGAGGAAGAAGAAUGUGAGUGUUGGUAUAGUCGCAGUAACAAUAGGAUCAUGGAUGGUGUUUGAGACAUUUUCUUAUACCAUCCUCACUCUUCUUUCAAGUGUUCUUCUCCUCUUGCUCUCUAUUCUCUUUCUCUGGUCCAAAUCUGCAUCCAUCCUCAACAGGCCGUCACCGCCAUUAACAGAGUUUCAAGUAAGUGAAGCAAUGGCUGAAGAAGCUUCCAAGUUGUUGCGCAUCCAUGUGAAUAAACUACUACAAGUAUCGUAUGACAUUGCAAUGGGAAGAGACUCAGAGUUGUUUAUUAAAGUAGCAGUCUAUCUGUUUCUCAUAGCAUUCAUUGGAAGCCUCAUGGAUUUUCAAACACUUUGCCACACUGGGGUUUUGGUGGUGAUGGCAGUUCCAGCUUUCUGUGAGAGAUACGAGGAUUGCAUAGAUGGAUCUAUAGUGCUCAUCUACAACAAAGCUAAAGAGCUUUACCUGAGAUUCAAGAUAUGGGCUUAUCCGGAACAUACGAAACAGAGCUGAGACUCGCUUUGUCUCUAUUUCUCUCUUCUUUUCAGGAGUUUUUAUUUAUUUUUGGUUCCUCAGUUUUGUGCAAG